AUGGUAACAGGCACGCCCCACAUUCCCACCUCCCUCCCUCCCAGCCCCUUGCCGCACUCAACCAAACGCAUAUCAUACCGCCUCAAUAUCGCCUUCUUUCUGUUCGGCCUACUCAACAACUCGCUGUACGUCGUCAUUCUCACCGCAGCACUCGAGCUCCUCCCACAAGGCGUGCCUACCGGCCUCGUGAGCUUCGCCAACAUCUUCCCGGCGCUUAUCGCAAAGGCGGUGUGGCCGUAUGUGCUGCGUGGCGAGGUGCGGUAUGCGAAACGCGUAUGGUCCUGUGCGGGACUGAGCUUUGUCGGAAUGCUGCUGGUGUCCUUUUUCCCGAAGCUGGGAAUGCGGCUGUUGGGGAUCUCGCUGGCGAGCUUUUCGUCGGGGCUAGGGGAGUUGACAUUUCUGCAGCUCAGUACGAGGUACGCGCCUAAAGCUCAGGAGAAGAGGCUUGGCGGGGUACCGGUGGCCGCGGUGGCGGGUGCAGGGCUAGAGACCAACUUUGCGGGUGAUGCUGUAGGGUGGUUUGCGAGCGGUACGGGUGCGGCUGGACUGGUGGGCGCUGCGGCGUGGUGGGUGGUGCGGCCUUUGGGGGUGCAGACGGGGAUGGCGAUCUUGAGCGUCUUGCCUGGGUUCAUGGUGCUAGCGUAUGUGGUGGUGCUGCCGUCGGUGGAACAGCUCUUGGGCGGAGGAGGUGGGAAGAGCGCCGCUGAAUACGCGCCUGUGGCGACGGAAGACGAUGCCAAUGGCAGAGGCUCGCUAGACGACGCCGGCGAAGCGGACGAAACAGCGGACAACGGCGAUGACGAAGACGACGCAGAAGUUCCAACUGCCACCCCAAACUUCCGCGUGCGCCUCACCUUCCAAGAGAAGAUGUCGCUCCUCCGCCCCAUGCUUCUUCCUUACAUCAUCCCGCUCGUCAUCGUCUACGCCAUGGAGUACACGAUCAACCAAGGCAUCGCGCCGACGCUCAUCUACCCUCUCCCCACGCGCGAGACACACCCUCUGCUCUCCCUCAUCGUCAAGAAGCUCACAGACUACUACCCGCUCUACCAGCUAGUCUAUCAAACCUUUGUGUUUCUGUCGCGGUCGUCGAUCUCGAUCUUCAAGCUGCCGCCAAUCCCACGGCGGUGGUUGUGGGCCCCCGCGGUGCUGCAAACGGGGCUGUUGGCGGUCUUGAUGACCGAGAGUCUGUUUGCGUGGUUUCGGAGCAGCAUUGCGAGUCCGCUGGUGAUUGUGUUGAUCUGUGUCGAGGGGUUGGCAGGAGGUGGCGCAUAUGUAUCGGUGUUCUACAGUAUUGGUGUCGAUGCGCGGGGGGAGGAGAAGAACGUCAUAGCUUUGCCUCGGGCAGAGGAGGAGGGGAAUGGAGAGUCGGCGGAAGACCAGGCGUACCGGCUGGCGAAGAAGGCACAGGAGCACGAGUUCAGGAUUGGUUGUGUUGGCUUUGGCGAUAGCCUCGGUAUCCUAGCAGCAAGCCUCAUCAGUAUGCCGCUUCAAGUCUCGCUCUGCAACUCGCAAGUGCGUUCCGGUCGCGACCUCUGUAAACAGACGUAG